GCGAACGUUUACCACGCCUAUCAAGUCGUACGUGCAAACAAUGUUCCACCGGAGAAUAUAAUUACCAUCGCCGUCGACGAUAUCGCAAACAAUCGCAAAAAUCCGUUUAACGGCAAAGUGUUCCAUGACUGCGAGCACGAAGAUGUCUAUGAGGGUGUGGUAAUUGACUACCGUGGAAGGGUGAUCGGAAGUCUCCCAGUUGGCAAAUUCCAAGGUCAUUAUGAUCUUCUGAUGCAUCGAAAUGGCGAGGAAGUAGCAGAAUCGACAUGUCGUUUAGAUGUGCAAGAAAAAAUUCCCCGCAACCAUACUUCUGGCUACUUUCAGCUUGGACACAUCGUCAAGGAAACGUUUCAUGACAUCAUCAUGGAUGUGACGACCAACUACAAGCCAACGUAA